AUGCUUUUUCCUAGUGACGAGCCUCUACGUGGUCCGCUUCAGGAAUUUGAUUUCGAUACCGACGAAGAAGAAGGAGACUCACCCAAAGCCCCCAUUGGGAAACGGAAAAAAUCAAAACAGGCCGAACGCCCACUCAAAAUUAUCCCAACAGCCUCUGACGCCUCCAGUGAUGACUCCGACGCUUCAGACGACGAGGAACGCGUGACGAUGGCCAACAUGGAAGCGCGAUCAAAAGCCCUCGAUGCCCGUGCAGCCGCAGAGGCCGAGCUCGACGCGGAAGAGCUGCGGGGAGCCCAAGAGGACGAAGAAGAAGACGAAGAUGUGGAUAUGGAUGGGGAGGCGGAUGAAGAGGGUAAUAUGGAUGCUGAACCUUUUCAUCUGCCUACGGCUGCUGAGCGGGAGGAGGAAAAGGCUAGGGGAGGUCCGGAUUUACAGGUCGUGCAACGCCGUCUGAGGGAGUGCGUACGCGUCCUUGAAAAGUUUUCGAAACGCGCUGAGAAAGGCCGUUCACGGUCAGAAUAUACAGGCCAGCUUAUGGCUGAUAUAGCUAGCUAUUACGGUUACAACGAUUUCCUGGUCGAGAAAUUUUUCCAACUUUUCCCUGUUGCCGAGGCUAUCGAAUUUUUCGAGGCAAACGAAGUCUCUCGUCCUGUAACGAUUCGAACCAACACCUUACGAACAAGAAGACGUGAUCUAGCUCAAGCACUCGUGAACCGCGGUGUGAACCUGGAACCCAUCGGGAAAUGGACCAACGUCGGACUCCAAGUCUUUGAAAGUAGCGUUCCUAUCGGUGCGACCCCCGAGUACUUGGCAGGUCACUAUAUGCUCCAAGCUGCUUCCUCCUUACUCCCCGUCAUCGCGCUUUCUCCUCAACCCAAUGAACGCGUGCUGGAUAUGGCGUCUGCGCCUGGUGGGAAAACGACGCACAUCGCUGCCUUGUUACAGAAUACGGGUGUGGUAUUCGCGAAUGACGCGAAUAAGGCUAGGACGAAGAGUCUUACUGCCAACGUGCAUCGUUUGGGAUGUAAGAACGUUGUCGUGUGCUCGUACGACGGCCGAGAAUUCCCAAAGGUGAUGGGUGGGUUUGACCGCGUGCUUUUGGACGCACCAUGUAGUGGGACGGGUGUUAUAAGCAAGGAUUCGAGCGUCAAGCUCAACAAGUCCGAUCGCGACUUUACCCUCCUCUCCCAUCUUCAAAAGCAGCUCAUCCUUUGCGCCAUCGACAGCGUGAGUCCCGAAUCCAAAACGGGCGGAUACCUUGUCUACUCGACCUGCUCCGUCACGGUGGACGAGAACGAGGCGGUGGUAGAUUACGCCCUCCGAAAACGACCCAACGUGAAGCUUGUGGACACUGGGCUUUCCUUUGGGCGCGAGGGAUUCACAAAGUACCGUGGCAAGACGUUCAACCCGAGUCUGAAUCUCACAAGGAGAUUUUAUCCGCACGUGCAUAAUAUGGAUGGAUUCUUUGUUUCCAAGUUCAAGGUGGAGAAGAGGACAAAGGCGCAGAGUGCACCUGUUGAUGCGGAGAUGAAAGAACCUGCUGAUGAGGGUGUAGACAAGGAGGAGUCUGCUGGGUUUGAUUCAGAGGAAGAUCGUCCGUAUCUUGAGGGUUCGUUGUCUGUGUUGUUGGAAGAUGGCUGUAUUCUGACUUUGUUGUUCUUGCAGAGGCGAAACGAAGGCGGAUGA